AUGAAUGGAAACGAUGACAACCUCCAACCAGUUAAAUAUUUAGGCAAAGUUCGUUCACUAUACGCUCAUGGUAUCGGUGUGGCCAUUGAACCUGUACGUCUUGUCUGGGCUCGAUCGAAAAAAGGUUCACGUUAUAAUCGUUGUGCCGUAUCCAUACAUCCAUUUGGUUUAUCAAUCUACGAAGAAAUAUCAAACGGAACAUAUAAAAAUGUUUGGUCCGACAGUAUUGAAGAUAUUUCUUAUUGUGUUGCUGAACCUUUCCAUCGUCGCAUAUUCGCUUGGAUUGCUCGAUCACCUCGUACAAAUGAACUGGAAUGCCAUGUUAUACUCUGUAAAACAAGUAAACGUGCACGUAUACUUGCUGAACUAUUAGCGAAAUCAUUUCAUGAAUCGUAUCGUUAUCGACAAGAGCAACAACAACAACAACAACAACAACAACAGCGAGCUAUUGACACAGCAUCGUUAUCGGCGCGUUGUUCAGUAUGUGAUACGAUCGCUCGACAAGAGCAAACUAUCAGUACGCGCCCAUCUUUGUAUCGAAGUCAUUCACAUGAUCGUAAUUAUCACGACGAACUCGAACACACCCGUUAUCCAAUGCGAAAUGAUUAUGAGCGUGUUUCAUUUCAUACACCGAAUAUUGCACGCGCUUUUGUGCGAAGCUACGAAGGAAAUUCAAUGAAUAGUAGUAGUCGUCGAAGUAUUGACAAUGAUACAACAUUAGUGGAUGGAGAAUCGAUUAAACCAGUCGAAUACUAUCGCAGAUAG